CUAUAGGCAGGAUUUGGCUGAACAAACUGUCUGUGACUUUGAGAAGAUUGGAGAAGGGCAAAACAAGUCAAACAAACAAAUGGUGUAGUUAUUGUUAGGUGUAUCACAGUCUUCUCUUCUAACAGCGUCAGCUAUCAAACGCUUGACAAUUCUUCUAAGAGAAUCGCGAUUGUUGCUGGAGUGGUCUCAUCGGACACCAAAUCCUCAACUGUAAUCACCAACGGUGUUGACACCGUAAAAGACGGGAGCGAGAGUGUGCCCGAUAUAGGCGGCGGCAGUGUUGGUGGAGGUGAGGGUAAGAACGAAGGAGGAGAAAGUGAAUCGAGUGACGAGAGUGGAAAGAAAAAGAUGGGAAUGUCUUUGUCUCAGACACUGACUAUGGGUUAUGCUGCACUUGUUGGAGUGGGUGGUCUUAUGGGCUAUUUGAAAAGAGGCAGCCAGAAGUCACUCAUUGCAGGAGGAGUAUCUGCCUCAGUGCUAUAUUAUGUUUAUACAGAGCUUCCCUCAAAACCAGUUCUGGCAUCAUCCAUAGGGCUUGGUGUGUCGGGCGUGCUUUCAGCAGUGAUGGGUUCUCGUUUCAAGAACUCAGGCAAGGUAUUUCCGGCAGGUGUUGUCUCUCUGGUGUCCCUUGUGAUGAUGGGGGGUUACCUCCAUGGCAUCUUGCGUAGUAUGCACUAAAAUGCUUAAAUGUAAGUCAGACAAUAAUAAUUUGGUAAUUUGGUGGCUUUUCUUAUUCUUUUUUGGGUCUGUAAAGCGUUUGAAUGUGAUGUAUAGGAUUCAGGCUUUUCUUGUACUUAAACAAAUUUCCCUUGCUUUGUGUUUGUAAUCACCUUGUAUGAUGUUCAUAGCAGCGUAAGGCAGUAAGUGUUUUCCUCUUGAGGUAA